AUGAAUAAGUCUGAAUUUGACCCUAACAACACUUCUGAAGAGCUCCAACUUGAACUAUCAAAUUCGCCUGCCAAUGUGAGAGAUGCUUCAAUCAACCUUUCAACUGGUAUGGAAAAAGGAUCAGGUUCUGGAUUCAUGCUAAGAAUGGUUCACAUUAAAGAUAUCGACAAAGAAGAAUCACACCAUCAAGAAAUGAAUAAUAACCCAUCACACCGUCUCAACGCUGAUGAUGUUCCAUGUGAGCAGUUACUUGGUAGCUCUGAAGCGCAAACUGUUUCAUCAGAAGUUUUCCCUGAAAGUGCAGAAGUUGAAGAUUCCGUAUCUAGUGCUCAUGAAUCAGGACAUGCUCAUGAGAUUAAUGAUGCUCAUCAUAUUGAUUCUGGGUUAACCAAAACAACAAUUUUUGAAAGAAUAUUUUACUAUUAUCAGUUAUUAGUCUACAUUUUUCUGUUGUGUUGUAUUUCAUAUGGCUUUUGGAAUUUCAUCUUUGACAUAGCACAAGAUUUAUUCAUCUAA